UACGGGCCUGGGACGUUGGAGGAGAGAGGUCUAUGCUGUAGGGCCAAAGGAUCACAGGGCAAGGGUCGGGCAGAGCUCCUUCGUCCUCGACCCACCUCCUGUAUAGACGGUCUCCUCACGGCCCGCUUCGUCCUCCUGAGGGCAGAAUAAAACACAGAGUUGGGUGACCGCUACUGAUAGCUGCAGUUAUAAGGGACUUAUUGAACAUCUCGGCUUAGACAGCGAUAACUUUCAGAUGAAGUCUCUCCGCCCGGUGUAUAACUUUAGCAACCCUACUGAAGUUUUGGUAGACCUGUUUGUGACCUCCAUCACAGAUGUGGAUGAAAAAGCCCAAAGCUUCGCAACACAGAUCACACUUAUAUUGGGUUGGAUCAAUGAAUUCACAAGGUGGAACGACAGCGACUUUUGUGGGCUCCAAACAUGUACAAUUGAUAAAGAUAAGAUGUGGAUUCCAGACAUUACCAUUGCCGAAAGCAUCAAAGCAGAAUUUGCAUCUGUGGAAAAUCCUUAUGUAAAGAUGUUCAAUUUUGGUGGUGUAAUCCUAUCCGAAACCUUAGUUUUGACCACCGCCUGCAAGAUGGACCUGUACGAGUUUCCCUUUGAUGUCCAAACAUGCGAGCUGACAGUUCAGUCUUCAUUGAAUUCAAUCGAUGAGCUUACAGUCAGUCCAUUUUCUGAUGCCUCAUUUAUGACUGCCAGCUCUAAGAAAUCUUUUCAAACUCAAGGGGAGUGGGAACUCCUCAGCAUUACCGUGUCUAAAUCCAAUAUGUCUACUCUUGGAUAUGUAUUGGAUCAGCUGAAAUUUCAGAUCAACAUAAAACGGAGACCUCUACUGUACAUCAUCAACUUCAUAUCACCAGUGUUUUGCUUUCUUGUGUUGGAUGUGGCCUCAUUCUUUAUGAAUUCAGCAGAAGGAGAGAAGCUGGGCUUUAAAGUGACUUUACUUUUGGCAAUUUCUGUGUUACUGCUCAUUCUUAAUGACACGCUGCCCUCUACUGCCAAGGAGGUCCCAUUGAUCGGGGUUUUCUGCAGCGUGAUUUUCAUUCUCAUUGGUAUCAGCAUUCUGGAGAGCAUUCUUGUGGAUUUUCUGAUGGCUAGAGGAGAUCAGAUUGAGGAUUCCACAUCUACUGUUACUGACACUGCAAAAGAUUCAAACUGCCUAGCGGAUCCAGAAACAGAUCAAAGUGAAGAGCGGUUAAGCACCCUGGACUGUCUGAAACAAAUCCUCAUUGAGUUUCGGAAUGCAGCCAAUCCUAAAGGUGACACGAGGACAACCGGGUGCUGGCACAGAGCGGCAAUGAUAAUCAACGUUACUUUCAUUGUUGUCUACAUUCUCACCAUCGUUGUCUUCCUAAUUGUAGUUAGUAAAGCUUGGUUCACAGUGUGAUAUCAUAUGUUUUUAUUUAUGAAUGGCACAAGCCUUUUUGCAUGCUUUAAAAGCAUAAUGUAGCCUAAAAAAUUGAUUGGUCAAAUGCUUUUUCUCGUU